CUGCUGAGGAAGAAAGGCAACUCCAACAGGAUGCAGAUUCUGCUGCUCGCUCUUGCUGUCGGUCUGGCUUCUGCCCAGAACAAUCCCACCCCUUCAGAGAUCGAUGGUGAGUGGCACAGCAUUUACAUAGCUGCUGAUAACGUGGAGAAGAUCGAAGAGGGUGGGGACAUGAGGGGCUAUUUCCGCGAACUGCAUUGUCAAGAUGGAUGCAAAAAUAUCUCUAUCAGGUUUUAUAUCAAAAAGGAAGGGGUGUGCCAGGAGUUCACUGUCGUGGGAGUAAAAGAUGAAGCAAGCGGUGAUUACUUCACUGACUACUCGGGUGAAAACUACUUCUCAAUUGUGUAUAACACACAAGAGUUCAUAAUAUUUCACAACAAAAACGUGGAUGUAGCAGGCAAAACAACAAAUGUGAUUUUGGCCACUGGAAAAAGGUACAGUCUGACGGUGCAGGAACAGCAGAAGUUUGCCGCGGUGGUUGAGGAGUAUAGGAUUCCGUUACAAAACACAAGAAAUGUCAUCCUAACAGAUACCUGCCCAGAAUAAAGACCACGAUCCAAAAGCACAGCAGGCGUAUCUGUAAUCUACUCAAAGACAACUGAAUCAAACGAUGAUUACACUUGCUCAUCUUUAACUGUAGUUUC